ACGGGCAACUUGAGAGCAAGGGCGGCAUUCCGCUGCUCCAAUUAUGACGUCCAACGCGCGGAGCAACUUGGGACUUCCGCGCGGCAAAUACAACCGCAAGGAGCAUCCAUGGCUGAACCAAAAUGUUAUGUGGGCCUGGUGGCUUGGCGGCGCAGUCUUCGCGGCUGCGACCAUCAUGGUAACUAGGAUGGUGAUAAAUCGCCAAGGCGAGUUAGAGUGGGAGAGAGGUAGGAGAGCCAAAUUUGCUAGGUUCAGAAAGGAUCAGCGGUACUACUUGCAGCAGGGGGUGAAAGUUAAGGAAUCCUACAGGAAAAGCUCCCGCGGUGUGGAAAUCUUUACAAAGGAGUGGCUUCCGGCUCCAACCACCAAAGGCGGCUCGGCGCCCGAUGUGAAAGCUCUCAUUUUUCUCUGUCAUGGUUAUGGCGAUACGUGCAAUUAUUUCUUCGAUAAGUUGGCUAUCCAGUUUGUAAAAGAAGGGUAUGGAUUUUUUGGACUGGAUUAUGAAGGGCAUGGCCUGUCCGAGGGCCUGCACGUCUACAUUCCCGAUUUUGGAAAGUUGGUGGACGACUGCGUGGAAUACUUUGUGGAGAUCAAAGGCAGACCGGAAUUCCGAAAGAAGCAAUGUUUCCUCUUUGCAGAGUCCAUGGGUGGUGCCGUCGCGCUGAUCUCCCACUUCAAAAGGCCCGAAGAGUGGAACGGAGCAAUCUUACUAGCACCCAUGUGCAAAAUAGCAGCCGACGUUUCUCCCCACUGGGUGGUGUCAGAAAUCCUGAAGAAGCUUGCUUUUGCUUUCCCCGCUUGGAAAGCGGUACCGCAAAGGGAUCUGGCUGAGUUUGCGUUUAGAGUGCCAGCUAAGCGUGCCACAGGACUUGAGAAUCCUCUUGGAUACAGGGGAAGACCUCGGCUGAAGACGGCCUUGGAGUUGCUGAACAUCACACGGUACAUCGCUGACCACAUGAAAGAAAUUACUCUACCUUUCCUUGUGCUGCAUGGGGAGGCAGACCGGGUUACGGAUCCAGCGUGCAGCAGAGAGCUUUUCAACACUGCUGCGAGUAAAGACAAGAGGAUAAAAACCUACCCUGGUUCCUGGCACUGUCUGCUAAGCGGCGAGCCUGACAAUGUUGCUCAGACUGUCAUGUCUGACAUCCUGUCCUGGCUAGACAGCCGGUGCAGCGGGGACAAGAAAAAUAUCCUAGAGACUAUUGCGAGCACUAUCUCCUCUUCGUCGUUUACGUACCCCCUUGUUAAAAAGCACGGUUCGAGACAGUCAGAUGAUGACUAGGCCGGCAAUACCGCUAUCGUAGAGGGCAUUGUGAAAACUACCUCCUCCUCGUCCUCCUCGUCCUCCUAUCGGUAUCCAGCUCUGCAAAGGAAGGGCUUUGACACAGCCCGAUCAUGACUCUGGAAAUCCUGGCCAUUCAUUUCCGGCCAUCCCUGGCCAAGAUUGCAAACUACAUCGGGGACCAGAAAAAAUUGCAGUUCUCGCUGGGAGAAUCAUGCUGCAAAAGGGCUCAUGUCCCUGCCGUUGUCUUUUUCCCUGCUUCGGGGCUAUCACUCCUCCACUUCUGAAUACAAUGUGCAUGUGCUGUGUUGCCUCAGGGCAUAAAGCAGCACUCUUUUCUUGCAUACAUGUACCAUACCAGCAAAUGCGACUGGAUUCAUCCCAAAAGUCAUAUUACGUCGUCUAACUUGACUUUAUGCUCAACAAGGCUCCCUUUCAUUCUGGUUAGUUACUCCUCUUCCACCAGAAGAGUCCAAAAUACAGUAAUAAAGGAACCCCUUGAAG